AUGACGUCCUCAGCGGCCGGCUCCAUCGCCUUCUUCGUCGUUUCACUGCUCUUCAUAUCCGCCCUCGUCCUGCUGCUCCUGCGCUACUACCUCCCGCUUCGCUCCACGCCCGCAUACGUUGUCCUGCCCGUGUUCCUCGCCAUAGCCCUGCCCGCCAGCAUCAUCGUGCUUCUUCCCAUUGAUCUCGCCAGCAGCGCGGGGCUCGAUACCACCGACGGCGCAAGGGGAAUAUGGCUGAAGGAGACGGUGGUAUACAAGGCAUGGCGCGUCAUAUACUGGCUCACGUUUGCCUUGACCUGGGCCAUUCUGCCCAUGCUCGGUGAGUACUGCGACAGCGGAUACAGGGAGCCCAAGGCUAGGCUACAGUAUGCGCUUCGGAGCAACGGACGAUACUGGCUCAUCUUGUCCGCGUGCAGUAUUGUUGGUUCAAUCUACUUGAUUUGGUGGAACGGCUUCGAGGCCGAUACGUUCAAGAGCUUGGUCAUGGCCCUUGCAUAUGCCUGGGGUCUCAUAUUGGGCAUUUAUCUCAUGGGCCAUGGGCUCGUCGCAUUCCCGAGGAGCCUGUUUCGCUACGCGAGCGUCAGCGAACGACUAAAAAGAAUACAAGGCCAGGCGCCCAAGGUCCACGAAAAGCUGGCCGAGGCACUGGAGAAGCUGGAUCAGUAUGAAUACCAGGUUGUGCAGCUCAAGCAGAGGAAGAAUGGCAUCACCAGGGACUUCCAAGAAUGGAUUGAUGAGUUGGCGGAGACGAGCAAUCUGCCCGAGAAUCGCGCAACUGCCGUAGGGCGCACGGGCGUGACGACGAUUCCACCAGUCAUCACGGAGCGAUACCUUGCCGAAUUGACAAGGAAGCUGAAGCGCGCGCGGCAUGCAAAGUGUCGAUUUGAGAACGAAUGGGACCACAUUGUACGAAAAGCAGUCCGGACACAGGCCAUUCUUGAUUCCAAGGCGAGCAAGCAUCUCGAAUUCAAGGGCGCAGCUGUGUCGUCCCACAGAGGCCCGCUUGAUCGCAUUACCAUCCUCACCCCCUUCACCCGGUACCACCUCCACGUUCAUGUCAUCCCUACAUUGACAUAUAUCUCAUGGGCCAUGGCGAUCCUGGCCUCGAUAUCUAUUGUCUGGUCAGAAUGCGUUCGCGAAGCUCAGGAUCUUGGUGGCCCAAAACUCUCCGUCAUUGGCUGGUCAGUCGUCCACCGCCGUGCCAGCGGCCGCUCGUCUGUUGGUUUCAGAAGUCAGAUUAUCGCCGCUGCUUGGCUAUGCUACAUGUGUAUUUGCGCCUUCUACAGCCUUACCGAAGUCAAAAUCUGGGGCAACAGAGCACUUGUGCGGCGAAAUACCUAUCAGGAGAGUGCGACGUGGUACGGCCUCCAGGUUGCAAAGCUUACCGUACCUCUGAGCUACAACUUUUUGACCAUGACGGACAAGAACAUUUGGAAAGGCACCAGGUUUUACAAGUUCCUCGGUCGUCUCAUCGUUCUGUCGCCACUCGGUGAGAAUUUUAGUGCCUUCUUCCCCAUCUUCAUCUUAGUGCCAGUGUUCGCGACGGCGUUUGGUCUGUACGGGAAAGUGAAGAGCAUUUGUGGCUUUGGUGAUCUUUUGGACGACGAAGAAGAUGGACCGACUGCAGGCACUGGCUCCUGGCGCGAAGGCCGCGCAUUGAUUGCACGCGAGAUUCAGGGUGCGAGUGGAAACGUCCUAGGUCUUUCACAGCGCACAACAUCACCGCCGACCGAACGUUACACAGACACACCGGUGCCUUCGACAUCCAGUCAUACCACUUCAGCAGCAGCCGCCAGCGCCGGUCCAAGCAGUACCACGCGAUCUUCAGCUCCCCGAUCCGAGCACAGGCGACCUCUGUUAGACGACGACGAAGGUGACGGCAAUUUCUUCGAAAACUUUGCGUCAAGAGUGAAAAACACUUUCGAAACCAACGACUUCUCCUUUACCCGGCCGAAAUGGCUCGGUGGCGACGACGAAGCCGAAGCUGGAAGUGGUAGACGCCAGACUGAUAGAAGUGAUGGCGAUCGAAAUGGCUUCUUGAGUCUGUUCGGUGGCAGAGCAGACGAAGGGAGAGUAAGAUUGUAA